GGGCGGUAACAGCCAUUCUACUAUAUUUCGCUGCUCCUUUCGCAGCCGAUCACGUGAUGCGGGUGGAAGGCGUCACCGUACUCUCACUGAGCCUGGGACGGCCGCCACCAUUUGCUUUUCCCAUUUUGCUUCAGCACUGGCGCAACGUUAGUACUGAGCGACUGAACCAUGGCUGAAGGGGAACCCCAGGUCCAGUUUAAGCUGGUGUUGGUGGGUGAUGGAGGCACAGGGAAGACCACCUUUGUGAAGAGACACUUAACGGGAGAGUUUGAGAAGAAAUAUGUUGCAACCCUGGGUGUUGAAGUACAUCCCCUGCUCUUCCACACAAACCGAGGGGCCAUCAAGUUCAAUGUGUGGGACACGGCUGGACAGGAGAAAUUUGGGGGGCUGAGAGACGGCUACUACAUACAGGCUCAGUGUGCAAUUAUCAUGUUUGAUGUUACCUCAAGGGUAACGUACAAGAAUGUACCCAACUGGCACCGUGACCUGGUGCGUGUGUGUGAGAACAUUCCCAUCGUGCUCUGCGGCAACAAGGUGGACAUCAAGGACCGUAAGGUCAAGGCUAAGAGCAUUGUGUUCCACCGCAAGAAGAACCUGCAGUACUACGACAUCUCUGCCAAGAGCAACUACAACUUUGAGAAGCCUUUCCUGUGGUUGGCACGGAAACUGAUAGGAGACCCCAACCUGGAAUUUGUUGCCAUGCCCGCCCUUGCCCCCCCAGAGGUCGCCAUGGACCCCUCCCUCGCAGCACAGUACGAGCACGACCUCAAAAUGGCGUCAGAAACGGCACUGCCAGAUGAAGACGAUGACCUCUAACCUGUGACCCUCUGACCUCUCUCCCAGCGGUGUCUGUGGUUGACCAUGAACCUUUUACUGUAAAAUCCCAUUGCAGAUAAUUUUUUGCCUUUUUUUUUCUCUCUUUGUUUCUGUUUUUCAAUCUGAUAUAAAAUGUCCUGGUAUUGACACAUUUCAGUGUAGAUGUACAUCCCAACUGCACAGUGCAACAAUGGGGCUGCAGACUGUGGCACCAAAUCAGUCCUGCAGCUUAGACAGUGUCAUACAAUAAUGACACAGAAAUACAACUGAAAAUGGAAGCACUUUGAAAAUGACUUUGAAUAAAAACUGACUCAAUUCAAA